ACCACAAAACCCAGUUCUCUGCUACUUGGAUUUGGAACCCGGAUUAUUUUUGACUCGUUUGUCCAUUUCCUUUUGAAUAUUCAUCGAGAUCCCAAAAAUCCCAUCAACAACUUUGUUUUUCCUUUCGGUUUUAUUCCGUUUUCUCCACGUUCAAACGUCUCAAAACGAAUUACACAUAUCUCGAAGAAAUGCAGGAAUUCAAGACCAUCAAGAAAAAAAUGUGGAUGUUUUCUUGUUAACCUUUUCAUUUGCUUCAACUAUCUCCCCUACUCCUCUCGCGUAAUGGAAGCUAUCAUCAUAACAGCCAUAGCACCGAUCAUCAGAAACAACGAGAAGAAAGUCGUUAACCAACACAAAUUCCCUCUGCAAAAGCUCUCCUUCUGGUUUGCUCCCACCACACGUCCACCUGGUCUACUCUCUUUCACUCCCGGCUCCUAAAAUAUAAAAAACGAAAAGGGAAAAAAGAAGAAGAAAAAGAAUCGUUGUUUUUGUUUUUUUUUGUUUUUGUAUGGCUGCUUACUCUUUCAACAACAACUUUGCAUCUGGGAAUUGUUAUUCUGGUAUCUUUGAUCCAUUUUCACGCGAUUUGGAUCUAUGCAAUGAAAGCUCCCAUGGUGGGUCUUUGUCGGUGCCACAGUCUUUGGUUUUGGAUCAUGAGAAAGGAGAGCUGGUGAAGGCGCCGGUGGAAGUAAGAAAGAAAAGCGUUUCUGAAGAGAAAAUUAUAGCGGCUUUGAAGAAUCAUAGCGAGGCAGAGAGGAGGAGGAGAGAAAGGAUCAAUGCUCAUCUUGAUACGCUCCGCACCCUUUUGCCCUGCAGACAAAAGAUGGAUAAAGCGACAUUACUUGGUGAAGUAAUUAAGCAAUUGAAAGAACUUAAGAAGAAUGCAACUGAAGCCAGCAAAGGUUUACUUGUUCCAAUGGAUGACGAUGAUGAGGUGAGAGUUGAACCAUGUAAUGUCAACGAAGCUGACGGGACAUUUUCUUUCAAAGCAUUAAUCUGUUGUGAUUAUAGACCUCAACUUCUGACUGACCUACGACAAGCUCUUGAUGCACUUCCCCUUCCAAUUACGAUUGUCAAGUCAGAAAUAUCUACGUUGGGAAGUCGGUUGAAGACUGAUUUUAUUUUCACUGCCAGCUACAGAAGCACUAGCAGUGUUGCAAAUGUUGGCAACGAUGACGAUGGUACCGAUGCACGGCGUUUUCUUGCAUGUUCCAUCCGGAAGGCCCUGAAUUCUGUCCUGGAGAAGGCGUCUAUUUCACCGGAACACUCCCCAUUCUUGACAUUUCCGAACAAGAGGCGAAGGAUCUCCUACAUUGAUUCCCCAAGCUCAUCUUGAUUUUCCAAAAAAAGAUUAGCCUUUUCAACGUUUGGGGUAAAUGGACGACACAUCCAUUUAUCUCUGUAUGGAUGUUUGUCUGAUAUGCCCAAAAAUUGGUUUGAAAUCAAUACUAUAAAUAGCAUGUAAUUGUUUCCAGAAAACCAGAACGUUUUCAAAUGGCUUGUAAUAAAACUGUAUUACUACUCGAUGUAUGUAUACUCUUAUCAUCUAAAAUUCAAGUUAUGUUAUAGAUUCCAUAUAAAAUAAGAA